AACGUUAUUAAUUAUUUAUCAUGAUCAGUGAUGUUUCAUUCCCUUCCUGAGCAACAGAAACAAGAAACCUCAGAGUAAACAGCUUUUAUUCUUUAGUUUGACUGAUGUGAAGCACCAGUUUUAUCUUCAAAACUGUACUUUUAGCACUUAGAUGAGUCAGGCUCUGGACCUGCUCAUGGGGGGCGUGGCCUGAGUGAUAAAGUGGGCGGGGCCAGUGUGAAUAAAUCCAGCCUCUUGUGUGCUGCAGGAUAAAACCUCCUGCUGUCAGACUGUUGGUUGUUUGUCUGAUGUUUUCCUGUCCAGGCUGCUCUGUGGUUUUCACUUGUUUAGUCAGAUCCAUCUGAGAGUGUUCAGGCUGUCAGCUGCAGAGAUGCUGGAGGGGAUUUUUACCAACAGCUCAGAGACAAACACUACCAGAGCCCAGGACUGGACGGAGGUGUAUGAAGUCGUCAGGUGGAUCCAGCUGCUCAUGGCUCUGCUCAGCACUCUGGGCUCAGGCUCCAUCAUCGCCUGUGUGAUGUCACAGAGACUCAGCCGGAAGCCGGAGCUGCAGCCUCUGUUCCUGCUCAGCGUGUCUGACCUGCUGCUCGCCCUCUGCUGGCUGAUCGGAGCUGCUCUGUUCUCUCAACGCUGCAGCAGCCUGAACUCACACUGCUACCACCUGCAAACUGUGGAACAGGUUCUGUACAUGACCUCCUUCUUCUACACACUCAACUAUGUGUGGAACCUCUACACAGGAAUCAGGGAGAAGUUCUACAGCUGCAUGGAUGGAUAUCCUGUACAGUUUUCCAACAGAGUGAGCACCGCCGGCAAAAUCACUGCGCUGCUUUCAGGUGUGUUUCCUGUCCUGCUGAUGACACCAGUGUUUAUACAAGGAAACAUCAGCCAAUGCCAAACCAACUUCAGUCAGCCCUACAGGUGUCUGCUGAUGCACACCGGAGCACUGUACCUGACCUCAGAGCACCAGCAGCCAAUCAGAGCCUGCAGCCUGCUGCACACCUACUGCAUCUCCAUCUUCCUCACCACUUUCUCCCUCACACUCAUCGGCAUCAUGGUGCUCAUGGGAAAAGCCCGUCGUAUCUACCGGCGUGUUGUGACAUCAAAUGGUUACCUAGGCAACCAGCAGCGGGCCUCUUUCCGUGUGUUUGACCGGCGGAUGCUCCUGUACCCGAUGAUUUUCGUCCUCUGCUGGGGUCCAGCGGUUGGUCUGGCGUUCAUGCGGUUGGUGAAGCCCUUCGCAGCUCAGGGCGAGGCCGGGGUCGUCCUCUACAUAUCACAGGCUUUCACCUCGGCCUCUCAGGGUUUCCUCAACUGUCUGGUUUACGGAUGGACGCGUGGACUUCUCCGCAGAGCCGGCAGGACGGUUUUAUCUCGAGACGUGGACACUCAGACACCUCUGCUGCGAUCACAGAAGAAGAGAAGCUACCAGACUCUGUGCACCACCAGCUGAAGGAGAGAGGACAAACUGAAAGGGAGCAGGUGUUUUCUCUUAUCUGAAGCAAAGACACAAAAACACUGAGAGGGAAAACACCGCGGCUGUUUCACUGCAGAGGACGAAGACUUCCACCCCUGAUCCUGAACCACUGAGGCGAGAAAAAGGGAAGAAGAAGAAGGAGGGGGAGUUUACGCCAAGAGGAAGAGCGAUAAAGAAAACAGGAUUUGAAAGAGACGUGGCUUCAGUCACUCUGAACUGACAAACUUCACAGGUGGUUCUGUUUCUGGUAAGAGGUUGCCAGUGACUCAGUAGCCACACAUUUCUCUGUUUUCUAUUUCUCUGUUGACGUGACUUUUCUUGGUCUUGACAAGCUGCAACAUUUAUUGACUGACUCACUGUAUUCUAUACUGUACAUUUACUGCCAGACUGACAACUUACUGUUAACCUUUUCCUCUGCUGCGCUCGCAUUCACCGUCACUUUUCUGCCACUCGCCACGUUUUACGCACUGCCAUAUUCCUUAAAAGGAGCUACGCUACCAAGAGUUUCAUAGGCAACGACACGGAGGUUGACUCACAGUUCGGAACAGCACUGCUCAGAGGCUCUGAGAUGCUAUUGAUUUCUGAAUGAAUGGAUAUUUGGCAUUAUUUUUGGCAUUAAAAAAUAUUUUUUUAGCCUGGCAGGAGUUGUUGUUGGCCUGGCCUGUACUAUUCUUGGAGAACCAUUGGACUGAGUCUCAGCAUGAUGGACGAUGACCUUUUAC